UGAAAAUUAGGGACCUCAAAUGGCGCAGGACGACAAUCAAGAUUAUUUCGACAAAUUCAUUGAGUUUAACAUCCCUGGGCCCAGGCUGGGAAAGGAGUUUUUACACCCAGAUGUGGCCGAGCGGAUGAAGAAAGGAGAACAAGGGGACGAGAAAAAUGUCCUGGAUCGAGAGAAUUAUGAGUCUCAUCAGAGAUACAACCACUUUAAAUCUCUGGUUCCUGAAAAAUUUAUGGAAAAAACUGGCAGUGAUUUCGGUAUAUUUCCAAAAGAUAAUACUGAUAAAGACCCAGUCCAAAUUAAUCAGGCUGCAGUGUAUAAUAUAAUUGCUAAAAGAUUUCAUGAUUGCAUGAAGGAGGAAAGUAAACAAAUGACACCUGAAUACCUAUCUAAAACUCGAGAUUGGGAACUAGUCCAUAAUCACUGUGCUUACGAAAGACUCACGCUGUUUAAUUAUCUUCGCCAGUAUAACAGAUCAGAAACAUCAGACAACGCCAUCAAACAUCUGAUCUUAAAAGAAUACUCUUUCUACUUUGGAAGAGAAGACCUGACGCCUAAGAAUGUAUGCAAGCAUAAGCUCAGGAAGAUAUUCGAUAUUCAUCUGGAAUAA